AACCCAAAGUUCGGCCCAUGGUCAACCUCACCCAUAUCCAAUUGAAACACCUAAGGUGGGCCGAAAAUCGGGUUUGACCCGGAAUGGCCCAACUUAUUUCUAAACAGUGACAAUGCUGUAAAUAAUUGGUGAGGAGCAGAGUCGAGAAUUGACUCCCCAAGAAACAGAGCGAUAAGAAAAAGGGUGAAGAAACAUAGAGAAAAGGAAUCACAAAAUCUUGCCCCUUACUCAAAAUGGGCUUCUCUGCGUUAACCAGUGCGUGCUGCAGUUGUUGGAAUUUGGGUCUACGUUGGAAAUCGUCGAGCUUGUUUUUAAGCCUGAAUUUUCUUCCCAACACUAAUUCUGAUGGGCUUCUGUUGUCUCCCAAAUACCAGAAGUUUAAUUCCUCUCGCGCAUGUGCUUCUCCUUCAGAUCCACUUUUGGUCAAGGCUGCAAGAGGGGAUCGAGUUAACCGACCUCCUGCCUGGAUGAUGCGUCAAGCAGGGAGGUAUAUGGCUGUUUAUAGAAAGCUUGCAGAGAGACACCCAUCCUUCCGGGAGAGGUCAGAGACAACCGAUCUCAUUGUUGAAAUUUCUUUGCAGCCUUGGGAAGCUUUCCAUCCUGAUGGAGUUAUUAUUUUCUCUGAUAUACUUACUCCACUCCCUGCAUUUGGUGUGCCAUUUGACAUAGAAGAGGUGAGUGGUCCGGUAAUUCAGUCUCCCAUUCGUUCUGAGGAGGACUUGAAAACUUUGCAUCCAAUUGACUUUGACAAACUACAAUUUGUUGGAGAAUCUCUUAGUAUAUUGCGGAAAGAGGUCGGUGAGCGAGCAGCAAUUUUGGGUUUUGUGGGAGCUCCCUGGACAAUUGCUACAUACAUAGUAGAGGGGGGAACAACACGCACAUACACAACAAUAAAGAGCAUGUGCCAUACAGCACCACAUGUAUUAAGGGCUCUUCUGUCUCAUUUGGCAAAGGCAAUAGCUGAAUAUAUCAUUUUCCAAGUGGAUGCUGGAGCGCAUUGCAUACAAAUUUUUGAUUCAUGGGGUGGGCAAUUGCCUCCUGAUAUGUGGGAACGCUGGUCUAAGCCUUACAUUGAUGAGAUGGUAAGUGUGGUUAAAAAGAAGUGCCCUCAAACGCCAAUUGUGCUCUACAUUAAUGGAAAUGGUGGACUACUUGAACGGAUGAAGGGAACUGGAGUUGACGUGAUUGGGAUUGACUGGACAGUGGAUAUGGCAGAUGGAAGGAAGCGCCUCGGAAGUGAUAUUAGUAUACAAGGAAAUGUUGACCCUGCUUACCUAUAUUCUCCUCUUCCUGCCUUGGAGGAUGAAAUUAAAAGGGUUGUACAAUGUGCAGGGACAAAGGGCCACAUCCUCAAUCUUGGCCAUGGAGUUCUCGUUGGUACACCAGAGGAAGCUGUUGCUCAUUUUUUUAAUGUUGCAAGAAGCUUAAAGUUCGAUACACAAGUCGACAGUUAUGUAGUCGGGGCAUCCAAUUUGGUGGGUUGAAACCUAAAAUUUUGUCAAACAUAAUGGAAAUUUUGUUGUACACAGUCAGAAAUUCUCCGGGUAACUUACCAGAUUCUUGUAGCAUAUGUAUCAAAGCCAUGAGUUUGUGCUCAUGAUUAGGAUGAAAACCAUGAAAACUGUAUGCUCUGGGUUAGCUAAUUGGUUUAUUCAAUUCAGUUCUAAUUUGAAUUCUUUA